AAAUCAGUACAUAGGUUUCUUCGUUUGUUUUUGUCCAAUCCAAUAAUAAUGGGUCGAUCAUACUCGAAACUUUGAAAUUGAUUCGUUACUCAUACUCCUGAAUUCGGGCGAGUGAACUCAUCACAACUCGUGUUUCACUCAACAUUCAGCAAUAUACAAAUAUAAGAAAAACCACAUCAUUCCCAGUCUCCAGCUAAAGACAGAUCUCAGAUUCUGUAGAGAGAGAGAUGGCAACGACGUCGUCUUCAGGCGAGGAGCCACCGGAGACAAAGAAGAAGAAGAAGGAGUGUUUGGGGUGGAUAGAGUGGUUGAGAGGAUGGUUCUAUUUGGUCUACGAAAUGCUCUUUCAGCGCAUCAUGGCCAGCCACUUGCACAACCCCAUGCCUCUCCCUCCAGUCAAUGAUCUCACUUGCAUUGUCACCGGCUCCACCAGCGGAAUUGGCCUCGAAAUCGCAAGGCAAUUGGCACAAUCAGGGGCCCAUGUUGUUAUGGCUGUGAGGAACACAAAGGCAGCUCAGGAGUUGAUCCAGAAGUGGCAGAUUGACUCUGAAGGAUUGAGUAUUCCUGUCAAUGUUGAGGUGAUGCAAGUUGAUCUUCUCUCAUUAGAUUCUGUUGUGAGGUUUGCUGAAGCAUGGAAUGCACGUUCAGCACCCUUGCAUGUUCUCAUCAAUAAUGCUGGAAUUUUUUCCAUUGGAGAGCCACAAAAGUUUUCCAAAGAUGGUUAUGAGCAGCACUUGCAAGUGAAUCAUCUCGCUCCUUCCUUGCUUUCGAUACUUCUUUUACCAUCCCUUCUUAGGGGUUCACCUAGUCGCAUUGUUAAUGUGAAUUCCAUAAUGCAUCAGGUUGGCUUUGUAGACACUGAAGACAUGAAUGUUACAUCUGGAAAAAGGAAAUUUUCUAGUAUGGUAGGGUACUCGAGCAGCAAGUUGGCAGAGAUUAUGUUUAGUAGUAUUCUUACUAAAAGACUCCCUGCUGAAGCUGGCAUCAGUGUAUUGUGUGUAUCACCUGGAAUUGUCCAGACUAAUGUUGCAAGAGAUCUUCCAAAACUUGUGCAAGCUGCAUAUCGAUUGAUACCUUACUUCAUCUUCAGUGCUCAAGAAGGUGCGAGGAGUGCACUGUUUGCUGCCACUGAUCCUCAAGUGCCAGAGUAUUGCGAAAUGUUGAAAGCCGACGAGUGGCCUGUUUGUGCGUUCAUCUCUCAAGAUUGUCGUCCCACGAAUCCAUCAGAAGAAGCACACAACGUUCAAACUUCUUACCAAGUGUGGGAAAAGACAUUGGAAAUGAUUGGCCUUCCUUCUGAUGCUGUGGAGAGGCUAUUAGAGGGGGAAGAAGUUAAAUGCCGCUAUGGACAAGAACAAUAAUCAAACUACAAAACAGUUUAUUUGCCAAAGUCUCACCACGUUCUCUCCCGUAGUGUGUAAGGCCACUUCCAUUAUUCGUAGCUACUAUUUAGCAUUUCAUCCUGAUUCUGUGGGAGAAUAACCCUCUAUAAUUUUUGGACAAGAUCAUGUACAUCCAUUUUGAUCAUAUCUAUUAUGUACUCAAAUGUCACAUUUUCCUCCUGAUGGGAGAAUCUAGCCAGCCACAAACGUGUUUUCAUCUUAAAAGUUCUGAUGCUCAUCCAUAGUAAGAACUGAAUUAGUAAUCAUUAUGUUGUGAUGGUUAUUUUGA